CUGGCUGGAUGCAGGGAUUUUCUGCAAUGGAAGCAGACAGAUGACGCCUCGGAACCAUGGGAUUUAUCGUUUAUUCUUGCUGUUUUUAGAUGCGUAGCGUUCGACAACGACUGUUACUGCAGCUUUCCUUCUUCGUCUGAGCGACAAGCCUCGAAUGCAGCGUGACAGUGCGUUUAUACGAUGGCAGACAGCAUCAUGAGCAAAGCUGCAACGAUGGAGAUUCCCAUUAACAGCAACGGAGACACAGGGACUCUGACUGAGGAUGACAGUCUGGAGCAGGAUUUGCAGCAAGUGAUGGUUUCUGGACCGAACCUGAAUGAAACCAGUAUUGUCUCUGGAGGUUAUGGAGGACCAGCAGGGGGCAUCAUCCCCACCAGUAGCAUCAAAGACAUCCGUAUGAAAUCCAGAGGCGUUAACUUGCCCAAAAGUCAGUCGGCAGCCGGCCGUCUUGCCCAGCACUCAGGACCCUCACACCACAGCGCCCACAGUCCACCUGAAGAUGCUUCCCGCGGUGUUGCAGUGGAGAAGUUGGACACUGUCAAAAAGUGGGGCAUCAAUACUUACAAGUGCACCAAGCAGAUGUUCUCCGAGCGGUUCGGCCGGGGAUCUCGGACCAUCGACCUGGAGCUAGAGGCUCAGAUCGACCUGCUACGCGACACCAAGAGCAAAUAUGAACUCAUCUUGAGACUGGCCACGGCGCUGACCACCCACUUCCAGAACAUGGUGCAGACACAGCAGGCGCUCGGUGACACCUUCACUGACCUCAGUCAGAAAUCACCGGAGCUGCAGGACGAGUUCGGCUACAACGCUGAAACCCAAAAGCUGCUGUGCAAGAACGGAGAGUCCCUGUUGGGGGCCAUCAACUUCUUUGUGUCCAGCGUGGACACUCUAGUCAACAAGACGAUGGAGGACACUUUGAUGACCAUCAGGCACUACGAAAACGCCAGGCUGGAGUUCGACGCCUACCGCUCUGACCUGGAGGAGCUGAGUUUGGGACCAAGAGACGCUGCCGCCGUGGCCCGCAUUGAGACGGCCCAGCAGGAGUACCAGAUCCACAGAGACAAAUACGAGCGCCUGCGCAGUGACGUCACCAUCAAGCUCAAAUUUUUGGAGGAGAACAAGGUGAAGGUGAUGCACAAGCAGCUGCUCCUCUUCCACAACGCCAUCUCUGCUUAUUUUGCCGGAAACCAGCAGCAGUUGGAACAAACUCUGAUACAGUUCAACGUGAAGCUAAAGCCCCCGGGGUCGGACAAACCCUCCUGGCUGGAGGAGCAGUAGGAAUCCUGGUAGAGAGCAGGGGUAGACUAGAGUCGUCACCUUUUUUUUACGUCACGGUACCUAAACAUCACGCUUUCUUUGGGAGCACAAUCAUCCACAUGUAUUAAACCUCAUGCUUGUACAGUGUAGUUUUGUGAUAUUACCCAGCUGCAGUUUUGCACAUGUAUUAUUUAGUGGUUGUUUUUAAUGUAAAUUAUGAAGCAUCACAUUUUGCAUCACUCAGGAGGAAGUCAACCUUGCAAGGAAAUUAGUGAGAUAAAACUGCAUGAGUUGUUUCUCAUUGGUUCUAUCUGUCGAAGACCUGCCCACUUCAGGUGGAAGAGUGAUUAUUUCUCUGUAUAUGUGAGCACAUUCGGUUAGUUGAUUUCCACAUGUACAAAGUUCAAGUGCAUCCCACACCGUCCCCCCCCUAAAGUUUACAGGUACGAUAACAUUUAUCAGCUGUUCCUGCGCCACUUCCCGUGGUGAGCCUUAAUCAUAACGCAAUUGUGUUUCCAUCUCAUUUUUUUUUUUCUGUUACCGUUCAUCCACAUCUUGUUCAGUCUGCUGGAUGCCUCCUUCUACCACGACACAAAUGUGUCACGGACAAAUAGGAGCGAUCAUGUCGUGAAGCUAAAUUAUUCACGUCCCCAUCAAUGAUGUACGAUACACAACUAUACAGCCUGAUAAGCCCGAUACCCGCCUUCCCGGAUGUGUUUUCCAGGACACUUGUAGUCAAAUAAAAG